AUUGCACCAAUGCAGCAGUGCAGCUAAAAAGAACAGACCUCAUAUUGGUGGUCGACAACCGCAGGGUGGCGCGCGCGGUGCUGCGCGCGCCGCGUAUCAACGCCAGGUCGGGACCACGUGACCCUGCCGGCGUCGUGCUGAUUGGUCGGCCGUGAGUCAUUUAAACCGGCGAGCCGUUGGCAUGCCUUCCACGACGGUGAGUCGGGUGAGUGCCAGACGGUUUAAAACGGAGGUACGGCGAACAGAGUUCCACGAGUGUGCUGUGUACGAGUAGCGUGUCGCGGUCACGGGCCGUACGCUCUCUUCCUUUCCCUCUUCCCGUUUCUCGCACACAUCCUCGGAGGAGCUCGCAGCUCUUCUCUAUCUCAUCGCGGGAAAACUUGGGGAGAAUCGGUUCGUCAGUACGGAUCGCCGGUCGGUCGUGGAGUAUAUACGCGCGCGAAUCUCGGCGGUCGAGCGCCGUCGUGAACGGGGUGCGAUUUCUUCGUAGGAGGAAGGAACACUCAGGGGUCGGGAUCACGACGACAGCCACGGCGCCGAGCAACGACGACAGGACGACGUCUGACGACUGUGACGCGACCUCGCCGCGUGAUAUCACCGCGUCCGACAGCGGUACUUCGACGUCGGUCGGCGAUACAACGACAUCGGGAGGCGACGACGAGGCGAAAGAGGAGACAGAGUUUGAAGACAGCUGGUCCUGUUGCUGCUGCACGAUGUCGAACGAGGAGGAGAACACCAUACCUAACGUGAUAUACGACUCGAACACCGGCAAGAGUUAUCUGAAGGGCCGAUUCUUUGGGAAGGGUGGCUUCGCAAAAUGUUACGAGAUUACAGAGUCAAAGUCACAUCAAGUAUUCGCCGGGAAAAUUGUGCCAAAGUCACUGAUGACGAAAAGCAAUCAGAGAGAGAAGAUGACACAAGAGAUUGCGAUUCACCAAAGUUUGAAUCACAAACACAUCGUUGGCUUUCACGGCUUUUUUGACGAUAGCAAUAAUAUUUACAUCAUCCUGGAACUCUGUCGCAAAAGGGUAAGAAUUUGUAGCAAUAUCUGUUUUGUGAGUAUUGAUCGUGUAUCCAACAUAUAUUCUGACAAUUGUUUAAUGUUCCAGUCGAUGAUGGAGCUGCACAAGCGCAGGAAAGCGCUGUCAGAGUGUGAGACACGAUACUUUAUGAAGCAAAUCUUGGAUGGAGUUUUUUAUCUACAUCAGCACAGAAUAAUUCAUAGGGAUUUGAAGUUAGGUAAUCUGUUUUUGAAUGAUGAUUUGCAGGUCAAGAUAGGUGAUUUUGGAUUGGCGACUAGAUUGGAGCAUGAUGGUGAACGAAAAAAAACUGUCUGUGGUACUCCAAAUUACAUUGCGCCUGAAGUGCUUACAAAGAUUGGACAUUCUUAUGAAGCUGAUAUAUGGAGUAUUGGUUGUAUAAUGUAUACUCUGCUUGUGGGAAAACCGCCUUUUGAGACAGCUAGUCUUAAGGAGACUUAUACCAGGAUCAAACAAGUGCAGUACAAAACUCCUACACACAUUAGUAAACCUGCCAUAAAUAUGGUGGCAAAUAUGUUACAAUUGAAUCCUUCAAAACGUCCAUCCGUUGUUAAAUUGAUGAAAGAUGAAUUUUUUAAUUCGGGAUACAUGCCGACGAGUUUACCGCUCUCGUGUUUAUCAAUGGCACCACGUUUGGACAUGCUUGAAUCACACUGCAAUCGUAGACCGCUUGGCGAGAUGAACCUUAAUGGCUAUUCAGAGCAAGAUAUCCUUGCUUCUCGAGUACCGAACAGUCCAUUACGAAAGAUAAAGCCUAGCAAUGAAGUAGAACCACAGGGAAUCAAGCUCGAUAUCAGAAAGAUGCUUCAAACGCUAAAGGAACAAAUAGCUUGCGUAUUAAAAACUAAGCCCGCUAGAGAGAUAAUUUCUUCAGCAGAUGAAUUGACUGAUCCGGCGGCACAACCUGUGAUUUGGGUUAGCAAGUGGGUGGAUUACUCGGAUAAGUAUGGCUUUGGAUACCAAUUAUCUGACGACAGCGUCGGCGUGAUGUACAACGAUGGCACACGGUUGAUCAUGAUGGCGAAUGGCUACAACAUUCACUACAUCAAUCGCGAGGGCGAUGAGUUGUACUACACGGUCAAGGAAUAUCCUACUAAUCUCGAAAAGAAAAUGAAAUUGAUGAACUUCUUUUUGAAAUAUAUGAACGAGCACUUGAUGAAGGCGGGUGGCUCUAUCGCGGUGAAACAAAGUGACUCCCUUUCCCGAAUACCAUAUAUACAUCAGUGGUUCAGGACUCAGACGGCUGUGGUGAUGCAACUGACUAAUGGCACAGUGCAAAUCAACUUCUUGGAUCAUGCAAAGAUCAUCAUGUGCCCAUUGAUGGCGGCAGUCACCUAUAUCGAUCAUGAUAAGAACUUCAAGACGUACAGAUUCCAGACCAUUCAGGCAAGUGGUUGUUGUAAGGGAUUGGCAGAAAAUCUAAUGUACGCAUACGAGAAGAUCAGACUAAUGCUAACAAAUUCUCAAGCCCGAUAAAAUCACCUAUACCAAGAAAAAAAGAAAAAAAGAAUGGAAAUAACAAGUGCAGCGUCUCUCUUGACACUAUAAAUUAAUGGAACGGGACAUAUGUAUUUAUUUUUUAAUAGCGUUAUCUUUGUAGCGAAAGAGAGAGAGAGAGUGA